UUGAGAUGACCUCACCCUUCAGCAUGAGAACACUUGGUUUGCAAAUGUGGCUGUCAUGCCGAGCUUGAUCAAGAACUAAUGGAUCUUUCAGCGGCGGGAUCAGCCGUCAUGCCGACAGGACUGUCAGCAACGUUGCUGUUGUUCCGCAGGCUGCAUCGCUAUAUCGGGACCGAUACGUGUGCAGCCGGCAGUCAAGCUCCGGGCGCAGGUUCUACGUCGGGCGGGUGUUGAUGCAGGGGAACUGUGUGCGCCUCAAACAGCAACAAGAAAAGCGAUGUUUGGAUAUUUUAUUAUCUUUGGCUAGCUGUGGAAGAGAAAAACGGAAGAAGUUGAUGAUGGCUGCCUUCUGGCUGUGGCUGAUGCUUGGCAGGGGUUGCGGCGCUCUUGAGCAGGGAUCCCAGACACACGGCCGUCUUCUUUGACCCCAGAUCCCGGGGCGCAACCGGGGGUACGUACCGCCGAACAGGAAAGGCCCCAAAACCACCCAAUCAGUCUGGGGAUGGAACAAUUCCAAUGAUUCCUUCCUCCAGGGGGGGAGAACUUAACUCGCAAAGGUCCCCCGGAGCCCACACCAGCUGACCUCCGCCCUUCUCUCCUUCCGCAUCUCCUCACGGAGUCGACUGAUCUUCACCUUCACCUACACUCAUUGAUAUACCAGACACACCCAAUUCGCUUCUCACUCCGCCCGGCGAUCACUCCUUCAGCGCUGGUUUUUUUUUUUUUUCUUUUUUUUUUCUUUCUUCGUUUCCGCUUCCUUGCUCACCUCACUCGACACCACAUCAAAUCGGGAAGGGAAGGAAUCAGUCUCACACUUCUGGACUUUAUCAGGCCCACCCAGACCGAGACGCACAACUCUUCAUUCCUCGGACACCCCCGAUAGCUUAUGAUUGAGGCGCCACCUCCUCAUCUGCCACUUCUCGACGACACCAUCGACUUCUCCCAUCCAAUUCCUCAUCACGGACACAGCAACAUCCCACCACCAUGUUGACCCUCCGGUCUUUGGCCCUGCUCUCGGCAGCCAGCGGCCUCGCCCUCGCUCUGGACAUUGGCACCCUGGACCCUUGUGCUCACAACUGUCUCCUGACAGCCCCAACUUAUGACUGCCCAGCAUCCCAAUAUGCCUGUUUGUGCCCCAAGGUUGACUGGGGAAUUGCUAUCAAAAACUGCGUGCGGGAUUCAGGAGCAUGCGCUGCCGACUAUGAACCCACGCUUAUGGCAGCGCUCAGUGCCGGCUGCUCAGCUGUCGGUGCGCCUUUCCCUGCUGGAGACAUUCCCGCCGACCCUCCUGCCGAGACUCCAGCUCCCGAGCCCACGCCAGCCGAGCCGACGACCGACGUGCCUGCUGCUGCCGAGCCCACCUCCACAGAAACCCCUACAGAAAAUCCGGAUGGAGAGGCGACAUCGACUGCUGUUGAGUCCAGCCCAACCGCCGAAUCCACAGCCGAGGUCACCAGCACUCCUACCGAAACCCCCAGCAAGUCGUCUUCUGCAGACGAAGCGGAAGAGACUAGCGAAGCCCCCGAGGACGAAGGUGCGCCUGCCGGUCUCCCGGAAGCCGCCAAGAUUGGCAUUGGUGUCGGUGUCGGCGCCGCUGUUCUCGCCCUCAUCGGAGUGGGAGUUUGCAUCUUCCUCCGCAACCGCCAUGUUGACAAGAAGUCCAACGACUCUGCCGGAGCUGACCGAUACAAGAUUUCGCCUCCGAUGCCGAGCCGGGAGCAGAACCCUUACAACCACGGCAACAACAGCUCCGACUACGACAUUGGCGCCAACGAGCUGGAGAUUAAGAGCUAUCGGUAUGAUGACAUGACGGAGGGGAAGCAGCCCAAGCCAAUGGAACCAAGACAAAUGGUGUAAAUAUUGUCCAAAAAAAUGGUUCACCUGGGUUGAUUCCUGCGUGGUUUUUUUUUAAUUAAAAAAAAAAAAGCGGGAGCGUGGGAACAAGAAAAUAUGUCAUCGAUAUCGUCAGCCGGACUGCACAGAACAUACAAUUGACAUGGAAUGGGAUCUUUUUUAUGUCAGGAGGCCUUACCUGACUGAGCAAACCAAUGAAAGGGGGGAGAGGAAAAAUCAAGGUUUUUAUGGGAGGGCGAAAGAUUUACCGUCAGCGCAGCGCUCACAGUGGAAAAAAGAGAAAAUUACAUCAAACAAAGUACCCCCAGGCUUGCGUUGUUCCGGCUGAUGGACGUUGGUGUAACUGAUGUGGAUGAAACUCCCAAAGGAGAGCAUUGUUUAAAGGGGUGGAAGUCCUGAGUCAGGGGAACAAUGCACAGCGAAGACCGGGUGGUGGUUGGUUUGGUCUCAAGGCUGUCUUUUGACUCCCUUUUUUGUUCUUGUUAUUUAUUUUAUGAUUACCACGGCCGGGCUUUUCUUUCCCUUUGCUGCUUUGUACAUAGUUACCA